CCAGUUGCAUUAAAUUAUGGAGAAAAAAACAUAUUUAUUCCAGUGACGGCUGCUGAAAAAUUUCUCCUACUUUCAGUCAUAGAUGUCUACAAGGCAAACGACUCUAACUUUCUAUCCAGGUAUUCUACAGGCUUCAUUCCUAACACACAUGAAAUAUGCCAAAAAUGAGGACUCAUCCUGUCUGUAACAUCCGCAUGGUGAUACAUUUGGCUGCACUGCCACAACAACAAGGUGACAGUGAUCAUCUUUGCAGGAGUUAAAGAUUUUCGUUUUACUGGAAAAGAUAGUCUACCAACAUGGCCGCUAGGGGGCUUCACACCCUCCAUAUUCACUCUGCAGCGGACAAACCAAAAGGCAACACCCGAUUAGAGCAAAACCUCGGUCCUGUCUGUGCAUCACUGCAGCAGUUAUUGAGAAAAAGAAGUUAGAAAUAGAAGAAAUAGAAAUAGCAGACUAAUGGGCUGUUAGUGUUUGCAUGCACGCGCCAUGAUCGCCGGGGAAGGAGACGACGUUCUCUGCAAUUUAGAUCAAGAUGAGCGGUAGCAGCAAAAGAGAGAGGGAGCAGAAGAGGAAGCUGCAGCACUUUCUGAGUGACCUGGCUUUGCUUGGAUCGUUACAGGGCUUUAAAUACUUCCAGCCUUGGCUCAGAGGGAAAGAGGAGCUGCUGCUGACAGUCGUCAAUGAGGAUCUGGGUUGGCGUUCCCCGGGCUUCGCUGUGUCCAGAGCCUCCUCAUACACCUCCACCAGCAGCUGCAACAGCAGCGACGUCUCCCCCAGCAGCAGCUCCCCGAGCCUGGACAGCCGGAGCAGCUCUCCCCUGCCCGGCGAAGCUCCGGCCUCGCGAGACCCCCAGUCACGAGGGCCCAAGAUGCAGCCACAGACUUCCAGGGCCCCCAGCAGUGAGGAGCAUCUUCUCCCAGCAUCCCCCAGUGAAAGGGAGAUAGCAGUUCCUGAGGUGAACUGCACUCUGUUUUUACUGGCUGGCUACGUCAAGUACGGGCGCCCCUACGCCUGGAUACGCUCCAAUCACGAGCGCCUGGUCAACAUUGGAGGCACUGACUCGAUGGUCAGGGACACGCCCAUGAAACUCAAGUCCAUCGCAGACUGGCAGACACGAGGCAUUCGUGUCUGGGACAUCGUCAGUGAGCUGGUGUGCCUGUGCACUGUUCCCUCUCCUUCAAACCCCUUUGCCCUGGACAUGCGUUACAUCAAUAGUCUUCCCCUGCCUGACCAGUUCCUCGUCACAGGUGCUCUCCUCAACUUUCCUGGAAACAUAUGUGGUGUACGGGAACCGGGAUGAACUGCACUAUGACAAAGUUGUAGAGGAGGUGAAGCCUCUGAGGCGUCUCCAUGUCCAGUCCCUGCUGGAGUUACAGCGACACAGAGAGACCUCCAGGUCGGGCAGCAGUCCGACAGCGCGGGGCUCUUCAGGAGAGGAGUGACCCUGAUUGUUCGUAUAUGAUCUGCAUCAGGAUGACAUAUCCUCAGUGCACUUUUAUUAACUUCUUUUUGUAGAAAAACAGACACCAAAUAGAUUUACAUGGGUGAAACCUCACACAGAAGGAUUGCCUGUAGUUGAAUUCUGUUUUAUUUUAAUGAUUUUUUGUGCUUCGGUGUGUUUAAUGAUUGCAAUGACUAGACUUGGGUGACUCACCAUGAGUGUUUAUGUAACCUGUACGAACAAAAUGCCCAAGGAGAGCUCUUGCAGUGUCACGUACUCGCUGUUUGUUUCAAGGCUGCACUCUCUAGCCAGAGCUGCCUCUGCAUCUUCUACUACAGUUGGAAGGUAGUCACAUGUAUCAGAUGUUGUGGAAAUGUGAAAACGCUGGACAAAACGACCCUGGGAAAUGAGUCACAUGACUGAGAUUAAAAAAUCCCAGGACCUCUCUGAGUGUCUUGCCCUGCCACCCUCCUCCCGCUCAAACCCUUCAAUCUCAAUCUCUUCCUCUCCCACACACACACACUCGCAGUUAAAGACAGGAAUUCUGUUUUCAUCAGGCCAAAUAUAACAUUUUAAAACUUGAGUGUUCAAUCCUGGAAACAGAAUCAUUUAUCAGGGUCAGAGCUGCAGAAGUUAACCAACAACAUGUAAAGACAACAAACAAAAACAUAAAAUCUUGUAUAAAAAAAGUUUUAAUAAUUCAUAAAAUACAUAUUUAAUUAAAUAUGUUCAAUGACAAAACAGUACAUUGAUAAAAUACAUCUUAAAGCAGGCACUUUAACCCCCUUUUCUGAGAUGGGGGUUCUGCCGUUUGUAAAAGAUACAUUGAGGGUACAAAAAGUUAAAAUAAAAACCAAGUGGCACAUCGGUCAAAAAACACAGGCACCUUUUCUGUUAAAAGGGUGACUUCUCUAGCUUAGUUUUGGUCAGAAAACACAAAUGAGAACUGAAUGGUGGGCCCAGGGUGCAGCUCUAACCCUCAAGUCUCUCAUUUGUAAACCUUGGACAGAAAUGGCCUUCAUGAGAGCACAUUAUGCAAUUCUGCACAUAUCAAUGCCGAUAACCGUCACUUUAAGAGGACUUAAGUAGUCAGGGCGACCUUUUAUGGCUUUGAUAAUGCGAACGAGUCGAGGCUUCGAGACUUAAAAGCACAUUGUAGCGUCUUGCUGAUGAGGCCGCUCCAAAUGCAAAGUCAUGGCUGGACAUGGUGAGGAAUUUGGAGCUUUUUAAGAAGAUUCUCCAUCUCAGAUUUCCCCCCAUUGGAAUGCAGGUGCACGGCCGCACAUUCCUCACAGAGGCUCCAUACUGGGAACACAGCGUUCCCAGUGUUCGGGACGCAAACAAACCCUGCGAGUCAUGGCUGACCGAAUGGGUUCUUUCCACAUAGAUGCAAAUUAUUUAUCGUUGUGGAACAGGCAGGGUCUGUUUGUUUUUUGCAGGAUGUUGCUGUAGUGCGUGAGGGGAGGAUUCUCUUGACCCUGCAAGUUCUGCAGAGGUCUUUUUAUUAUUUAUAAUGCAGGUGCUGGGCCUGUCUUACAGUUCAUAAGAGCAAAUGGCCUCUUAAAAUGCAGUCAGACAUGGUAAAACUUAUGGUUUCAUGAGUAGGAAUUAAACUGUGAUGUGUUCACGUGUCAAAUUUUACAGCUGGAAAUUUGGAAAGUGCUCAGAAAUUAUCAAUGGAGACAGUAUUACUUUUCUAUGACAUGGCAGCAUUUUUCUCUGUAUCUUGACAUCUACAGGAUGUAAUCUUGCAAACUCCCACAAUAGCUAUUAAAAGUUUGGUUUUGUCCAUCCAAUUUAAAAAAAUGAAGAGAAACAUACUCUCUAGUGCCACAUAGGUAAAAAAACAAAUAAAAUCAUCAUGACCUGUCACAAAUGUCAGUUAAAUAAAAAUCAGCCUUCAAAAACA